AUGGAAAACAAACAUAUCUCGCACGUCUCUCAGAUUGAAAGACGUGCUACUCCUUUGAACAUUCGUCCAGCUUCGCCUUAUACCUUAAAUCCUACUGUGGAAAAAGACGGUUUAUCAUGGCCUAGUAUUGGUGCUCGUGAAAGAGCAGAGGAAACGGAUGAAGAAGAACAAAAACGGGUUGGUCGUAUUGCAGAUGCGGUUAAGACUAUUUUGAGUGAGCUCGGUGAGGAUACCGAACGUGAGGGUUUACUGGAUACCCCUACACGGUACGCUAAAGCGAUGUUGUAUUUCACUAAAGGCUAUCAGGAUAAUAUCAUGAACGAUGUGAUUAAGAAUGCUGUGUUCGAGGAAGAUCAUGACGAGAUGGUUAUUGUUCGUGACAUUGAGAUCUUCUCUUUGUGCGAGCAUCAUUUGGUGCCAUUUUUCGGUAAAGUUCAUAUUGGAUACAUUCCUAAUAAGAAGGUGUUGGGUUUAUCGAAAUUGGCUCGUUUAGCAGAGAUGUACGCUAGACGUUUCCAAGUACAAGAACGUUUAACGAAGCAAAUUGCUAUGGCUUUGAGUGAUAUCUUGAAACCUAGAGGUGUCGCUGUGGUCAUCGAGGCUACUCAUAUGUGUAUGGUGUCUCGUGGUGUCCAAAAAACUGGUUCUUCCACUGUCACUUCUUGUAUGUUGGGAUACUUGCGAGAAUCACACAAGACAAGAGAAGAAUUCUUAAACCUUUUGGGCAGAAGGUACUGA